GUGGGUUCGACCUCAAUAAGUCACCCCCCAUUUCCUACAUUGCCUUUGCUCCACUUCAGUCACUCCAACACCAAGCUGCCACUUUCUCUCUCUCUCUACAUCCUAGAGAGAGAAAAAGAUCUACUAAAAUUUCCCACUUUAAAGUUCCAAAAAAAAGUGAAGAAAAAACCCUCAAUAAAUUGGAAAAAAAAUUAACAAAAAUGAUAGAAAACAGAGCACUCUGUUUAUCAACCUUAGUAGUGUUCCUUGUUCUUCUUGUAAAUGGCAUCAAUGGCGAAAACCCGUAUCGACAUUACGAUUGGAAAGUCACUUAUGGCUACGUUUAUCCCAUGGGUGUCAAACAACAAGUGAUAAUGAUCAAUGGGCAGUUUCCAGGGCCACAGAUUGACUGUGUGACGAAUGACAACUUGAUCAUAAGUGUUCAUAAUUACUUGAAUGAACCUUUCCUUAUUUCAUGGAAUGGAUUGCAACAAAGAAGGAAUUCAUAUCAAGAUGGGAUGCCAGGAACAACCUGUCCAAUCCCACCAAGAAGGAACUUCACAUACAUCCUUCAAGCCAAAGAUCAAAUAGGGAGUUUCUUCUACUUCCCUUCCAUUGCCCUUCACAAGGCUUCUGGUGGGUUUGGUGCCCUCCGAAUCUAUAGUCGCCCUCGUAUUCCGGUCCCUUUCCCUCCCCCUGCCGGAGACUUCACCGUUCUUGCAGGCGACUGGUACAAGAAAAGCCACAGGCAACUGACCAGGAUGUUAGAAAGGGGCCGCAACAUCCCUAUGCCUGAUGGUCUUCUUAUCAAUGGCCGUGGAUGGAAUGGUUACACUUUCACCGUUGAACAAGGGAGAACUUACCGGUUUAGGAUAUCAAACGUUGGAAUUGCAACAUCAAUCAACUUCAGGAUAGCAGGGCACAAGCUUAAGUUAGUAGAGGUUGAAGGGACACAUACUUUACAGACCAACUACGCUUCCCUUGAUAUUCAUUUAGGGCAGUCUUACUCAGUCCUAGUAACAGCUGAUCAGGCCCCUGAUGAUUAUUACGUUGUAGUUUCUUCGCGUUUCACUAAACCUGUGCUUACGACAACAGCAGUACUUCAUUAUAGAAACUCUUGGAAGAAAGUAUCUGGGCCUCUUCCUCGUGGGCCCACUACGCAGAUUGGUUGGUCUCUCAACCAGGCCCAUUCUAUCAGGAUGAACUUAUCAGCAAGCGGACCAAGACCGAACCCACAGGGCUCGUACCAUUACGGAUUGAUCAAACUACAACGAACCAUAAUGCUCGCAAACUCACCUGCAUACAUCAAUGGCCAGCAGAGGUAUGCUAUCAACAGUGUGUCAUAUCUUCAGGCAGAUACACCCUUAAAACUUGCAGACUACUUCAACAUACCUGGUGUUUACUACCCUAAUAGCAUGCCUAGUUACCCUACAUGGGGCACUCCAUAUCUUAAAACGGCGUCGUUGCAGACUGAUUACAGGACUUUUGUUGAGAUUAUUUUCCAGAAUAUGGAAGAUUCAGUUCAGUCUUACCAUAUUGAUGGUUAUGCUUUCUUUGUUGUUGGGAUGGAUGGUGGUCAAUGGACUCCUAGGAGUAGACUCAGCUAUAACUUGAGAGAUGCAGUUACUCGAUCCACCGUUCAGGUGUAUCCGAAGGCAUGGACCGCAGUAUACAUGUCCCUAGACAAUGUGGGAAUGUGGAACAUAAGAUCAGAGAAUUGGAUAAGGCAAUAUUUGGGACAACAAUUCUACAUGAGGGUCUAUACCCCGUCUCGUUCGUUGAGAGACGAGUAUCCUAUCCCUAAGAAUGCCCUCCUCUGUGGUAGGGCUAGAGGGCGUCACACACGCCCUCUAUAAGUUUUUUCACACUCUAGGCAAACGAGGGGUCCUCACUCGGCUUCCUAUCUCAGGAAAUGAGGGAACGGGGAUUCAAACCUUAAUUUGAAUUACACUUCGGAAAAGGGUUUUCUAUAGAGUAUAAGUAUGAUUUGGGUGUACUUAAUGGUCACAAGAGGGUGACAUAGUUAGUUGAUUAGAUUUGAGAUUGUGUAAUAUGAUAUUGUCAUGCAUGAUGUUGCAUGACAAUGAGGGAGGUAAUUUGUUUUUGGGUGGAGGGGAUUAAAUCAUUAGGUUGUGUAAUUAAGAACUAUUGUUUCAUGCUUCACCUCCUUAGUGAAUUGCAAAAAAAAAAAAUGUAAUAUUGUUUUAGUUGUUUCUUUGGGAAUAAAAUUGUAUUCAUGAUUUCAUUGAUCAA